CUUGCGAAACCCUAACCGCCGCCGCUCUAAGCCUCUCGCCUCGUCUCUUUUCGCCCCGUCCGAGCUACUAGGACGACGAUGACGGCGACAUGCGCCGCCGGUGAUGAUAAAAACCGAGUUUUGAAGGUUUGUUUCCCCUUUUUAUUUUGCGAUUUCCACUGUCUUUAGAUUUGAUUUUUUAAGGUUUUCAAGUUUCUAAUCCCUAUUUUGUUUUAUUUCCGGAAAACUAGACCGAGAACUAGAUGUGACCCUCGAUCCAUCUUCCCUUUCUUACUCUCUUUCGCAGAAACGACGAGGAUGAUGAAGAGAUCUGGGUAAGAUUUUGUUUGCAUGUAGGCUUUCUUUUGUUUUUUUUAUAUAUAUUCAAAAUCCGCAUUCUGAUUAUUUUGUUGUUUUUGUCUCGGAUGUUCGUCGAGAGACGGAAGGGAAAGGCAGCGGUCGACGGCGGCGCGGCCUUCGCCAGAGCCGAUGGCGAGGGUCUGGUUUUGGAUCCCUACGAUUUAAAGAGACCAACAGGAGUGGUGGCAGUUUUUAGUUCAUGGUUGGAUUGGUGUUAGUUUUUGAUUGGUUUCCAAGGGGGUAGCCGUCUGUCACACUUUGAAGAGGCAGCUGCCACUUAUGCUGUUAGUUUUCAGUUGGUAUUCAGGGAGGGGGUGACCGUUUUACUCCUUUCAAGAAAUGGCAGUAAUGAUGGCUGGUCCUUUGGGAUGGGAUAAGGUACAUUGACCUGAGUUGACGGAGGUUGACUCUAUGAUUGGGCCUUUUGACUGGGUUAGGUCAUGUUGACCAAGUAUGGGCCAAAAGUCAUGGGUCUGAAUUAGGUUCAUAAUUUUAAUUUGGGCUAAAACUAAUCUGUUUUCCUCUCUUUUAUUUUUGCAGGUACACAAUUUGUUUGGGCUCAAAGUAGGAAGGCAAUCACUUCAAUUUGUAAUUAGUUUAUUGUAAUUAGUUAUAAUUCUCGCUUUAUUUGGAGGUCAUUAUCCAAGUUGUA